CGCGCUUGUGUGUGUAAGCGCUUUAAACAAAAUCGUAUCGCAUAUAUAUACAUAUAUGUACAUAGAUAUUCCGCUAGUCUAAUCACAAUUCAGUGCCAUUAUGCAACGUCACCGCGUAGUGGAGGGCUCCAGUAUUUAACUCCAACAACUGCAUUUAACCAGUGAUAUUAUAUUACAUUUGAGAUCAGACACCAGACCAACGACCAACACACAGACAGGCAAAUCACCUUCUUACAGAUGCUUCGCAGCUGCCGCUUAACCCUUGCUGCCGCCAAGAAGAGCCUCAGUGAUCAGUUCCAGUUGCAAGUCCUUCGUCAUCAGCAAACUGCCAGCAGCAUGGACAAAUUCGAUCUGCCUAAGAGAUUGCAGGGCAGCACGCCCAGCGUCUGGAACGAGUACAUCGCCCUGGCCAUGCAAUACAAGCCCUUAAAUCUUGGACAGGGAUUUCCGGACGAUGCAGCCCCCGAGUACGUGACACACUCUCUGGCGGACAUUUCAAAGGACGAGAAUCCUCUUCUCCAUCAGUACACCCGUGGAUAUGGACAUGUCCGCCUGGUCAAUGCCCUCUCGAAACUCUACAGCGGUCUUGUGGGCAAGGAGCUUAAUCCUCUUAGUGAUAUUCUGAUCACCUCAGGUGCUUACGAGGCUCUAUAUUCCACCAUCAUGGGACAUGUAGACGUAGGUGAUGAGGUUAUAAUCAUUGAACCCUUCUUCGACUGCUACGAACCCAUGGUCAAGAUGGCCGGCGGAGUACCACGCUUUGUUCCCCUGAAACUGCGCAAGACAGAUGGACCAAUCAGCUCGGCCGACUGGGUUUUGGACGAUGCCGAAUUCGAGAGUCUGUUCAACUCGAAAACCAAGAUGAUCAUCCUGAACACUCCCCACAAUCCCAUUGGAAAAGUCUUCAAUCGAAAGGAGCUAGAGAGGAUCGCCGAACUCUGCCGCAAGUGGAACGUACUGUGCGUCUCUGACGAGGUGUACGAAUGGCUUGUUUUCGACGGAGCCGAGCAUAUACGUAUCUGCACGCUGCCGGGCAUGUGGGAUCGUACAAUCACUUUGGGAUCAGCAGGCAAGACUUUCUCCGUAACCGGUUGGAAGAUUGGCUGGGCCUACGGUCCGGCCUCGCUGAUUCGCAACCUGCAGAUGGUGCACCAAAACUCCGUGUACACCUGUCCGACACCUCUGCAAGAGGGUGUGGCUCGUAGUUUUGAAGUAGAGCUGGCGCGUCUAGGCAAGCCGGAAAGCUACUUCCUAAGCCUACCACGUGAAUUGAAGGAGAAGCGGGACUUCAUGGCUAAAUUCCUAUCGGAGGCUGGCAUGCGUCCUACCAUUCCCGAGGGUGGCUACUUCAUGCUGGCGGACUGGUCGCCACUCACAGGCAAAGUUGAUCUUAGUUCUGAACCAGAUAAACACCGGGACUACAAGUUCACCAAAUGGAUGACCAAAAACAUGGGCCUACAAGGCAUUCCGCCAAGCGCCUUUUACAGCGAGCCCAAUAAGCACCUAGGAGAAGACUUCGUCCGCUACUGCUUCAUCAAGAAACAGGAGAACCUGGACAAGGCCGCAGAACUGCUCUCAAAGUGGAAAUAGUCAACGGACAAUAAACGAAUUGCUAUCAA